AUGGAAUAUUUGCGACGACAACAUGUCAAUAAUAUUUUUACUGUACCAAUUUCUAUUGUACUACCAGAUGCAGUUCAAAGUUCAAUGCAAAAUGCGCCAUCAUCAAAUCAACCAUUGAAGAAUGAAAUAUUAAAAUUUCAUAAAAGAACAUUGGAAAUGCGAAAAAAUUCACAAAUUUUAAAUCCAAUAACACUUUCACUCACUCAUUCAAAACAUUAA